AUGGCAGCCUCCAAUGUCCGUCCGCUGGCCAUAUUCACCGGCUACAUGGUCCUAGCCGCCGGGCUCACUGCAAAGUCUAUCGGUAUUAUUCGCAAUCAAUGGCGCGCCUCGCUUUCGCGAAAUGGGACAGUCGCUGCGCCAGCCCACCGUCGCGCUCUUGUUGUGUUCAGCGCGCUCGCGGCCUUGAGCCUCGCAACAACCUGGUAUCACAUGUUUCGCUUCUUCGAGUGGUCAUAUGGCCAAUGGGUAACGACAAAAGCAUUGGCUAGCCUCGACUCCACCGAACUGAGGCUCGGCGAGUGGCUGCACGACACCUCUCUCUUCAAGCAAGCUUGGGCGUCAACCCUUGAGACUGGCCCGAGGGCCUGGUGGUCGUUGCAAAUAUUUGGGUUUUGCGCUAACUGGAGCGCCAUACUUGCGGCUCAAGGUGAGCUUAUUCUACCUUAG